AUUGUAUAAAUGAAUAAACAGACUAAAUAACAUUUAGUAACAGUAUCUUCUUUCUUCAAGUCUGUUGUAUUUCCUGCCUGAUUAUGUUUUUUAUAUCCCUUAUCUACUUUUUUUAAUUUAAAAGAAGUUUUAGAAGUCAAUAAAAUCUUAAUUACAAAGAAGAUGUAAGUCAUACAAUCAGGAUUAAUGUGUUUGUUUUAUAAACAGUUAAAGCUCUUCUCUGGAGCUCAGAUCAUUCAAGUCAAACCCUGUGCAGACAUCCUCUUUUGAUCCUGAAGUAAGUUCCUUUUACAUUCUGACUGUACGUCAUGUUUCUGCUGGCUACUGAAGCUUACAUAAUUGUUCCUAAACUACACAUUUUCCCUUUUGUCUCAUGUUGCCGCAGCUUUGAUCACCCUUUAACACUUCCAUGAAUGUACUACUCCACUCUAGGUAAUGGUAAAAAAAGAACCUUGUGGUAUGAGAGGAAUGUCAGUGGUGUGACUGCUAACAUGACUCUGACUGCACGGGGUCAAAACAGGCAAACGGACCUCUAAGCUAAUUGCAUGGGAUAAAUGCAGGCUCCAUACAUGAGGUUCAACAUACCGUAGCUCUGGCGUCUUCAUUGUUCAACAGAGUUUUAGUCGAUAUACAGAAAGACAGGAUAACCCUUGUUUGGAGAGUACAUUACCUCAUCGACAUUUGUUUGUCAGACUCUUACUUAAUAUCUUUUAUAUCUUGUGUUUGGGUAGCUUUAUUUUCCACUUACUAAAACUAUGCUUUUAUUUUAAGGUGUAAGCUACUCCCUGCAGAUAAGUUGUCGGAACAGAAAAAAGUUAGGAAUCUCACUAAACUUUGUCACUUUGCAGUUUUUGUUGCAAGUGUGGAAAAGCACAAUACCCCCCCAUUUAUGUCUGCACCAGUAUACUGUGACAGCCCUUGUCUGGAGAAACACAGCUCUAAUAACCCUUUACCUAAAAAGUGCUUUUCUACUGAUGUAAAGCUUGACACUUCUUGUGGGUGUUACCCUUCAUAAAAUUUAUGGUCACGAAAUGACUCAAAAGAUCAAUAAAAAGUCUGAGGCUAUCAGUGUGUACCCACAUUAGCUGCUGAAAUGUAACCUGCUGCUUUAAUGUUACUGACAGCUUGUAGUUCUUUCAUGGAAGGGCUUUCUGGAAGGAACAGCCUCAGGUUUCAGUCACAGUUGAGAUGUGAAUACAGCUUUUUCUGGUCCCAAUUUACAAAGAAGUCUUCAGAGAAGUGGCAAGCACAGACAGCUAUGUUGUGGCUGCUGUCCCAAACACUGAGAGGUUGUGGUCAUGUUUUGAAACCAGUAUCUGGUCAUAUCUAUGUAUCUUAUGUCACGAAGCUUUGCCAAGAUUCAAAGGUGGGGUAGGCAGGAUCUGAGGAAGGGCCAGUGUUUGGGAAAAAUCUUGAAUGUAAACUCUACCCCUCCCAACCAGUUUUCCCCUCAGCUCCUCCUCUCCCCUCCCUCUCUGCUCCAGCAAGCUCUGCCCACAAACAGACGCUUCUGCUCGCUCAUAUUGUUUCAAUGAAAACCAGAUAUAAUGCAGAUAAAUACUUCGGAUAAUUACAAAUGGGGCCCAGUCAACUUCAGAGUAAAAAGCAUUAGUGCUACUGUAGAUGCCAACAGACUACCAGCAAACACAAUGUUUGCAGGACUUUUACAACUAGGAUAAAGUGACAUAGUCCAGGACCCAAGGUAAACAGUUUAGCUUAGCUUUAGGUUACAGGGUCUGUAAGAUCCCGAAGCGUUCCCCAUCAUUUAUGCUGAUGUUGACCCUGCUUUAUAGCUCUUGUCCGGUCUACCUCUGUUUUAAGCGCCUGUUAUUCCACCUGAGUCUCCGGUAUUUACUUCAUUUUCUUGCUUGCGUUUUCUGUACAUUCGGUUGAUUUCUACUAUCCGAUAUUGUCGCACUCUAACUUUGAUUGAGCUCGUGCACAUUAUCCGAGGACGUGGAGCGUGCCUCACAACAUGAGGGAGCAGCAUCUGCCUCACAAACAAUCAGGGUGAGGAGGCGGAGAAUGACUUUGUUUACAUUUAGAAAGAGCGGCCGCGCAAAAAAUUUAAAAUGUUGAAAACACAGGCAUAACAAAACACAACAAUAUCACGAUAUUCCCAAAUGUCAUCAAUAACUAAUAGCUAUUGACUGAUAUUAAAAGCUUUUUGUAUAUACAACACAAAAAUAUGCUUCUUUAACGGAACCCUGUCUACCCCACCUUUAAUGUGGACAUCCAACAUCGUAACAUGAUGUAGUAUGCAUGUAUUAGAAUAUAGAUCAGUGCAAUAAGUCUUCUUUAAAUCAGGUAGUUUUAAAUGAAACAUCAACCUACAUCAUUGCUAAUGUAAAGAUGUUUUCUCAACCCUUUUCCUUAUCUCAACAAAGUUUACUUCACCAAUGCCAAAUAAACAAAAGUGCUUGUGUUCUGGCUGAAAAGGAAAAGCUCUCAGUGAAGAAACCCAUCCAUUAGAUUCUCAUGUGUGCUUUACUGAAACCACCACAUGGCAUCGAAAGUCCCACUUCAACCCACGCAUGGAGACGGAGAUGGGGGAAUAGAUGGGCAGUGAGAGCCAGGUUGUUGCUGGGUAGGCAUCUUUCUUCUGAUAAUUUGCCAAGUCAGAUUCAGGACACCCCAGGGAGGCUUUACAGACGGCUCCAGCAUCUUUGAACAACCCCACAGUGCCAUCUCUCACCUCCCACUAUACCCACACACCAAGAUAGAAAAGAAAGGAGAGGAAAACAGAGAAAUCAGCAUGAACAGGUCUGGUCUAGGACAACUUGAACGCUGAGUUAGGCUGUACACUUGACUUCCUGUGAAAGAAAGAAAUGUUAAAAGAGUGCAGGAGAGGCAGAAGGAGAAAAGACCUUAUCUGGGCUAGAGCUCACCCUCUUUAGGUGAGAAAAUGUGUUGUUUCUGUCCCUUCUGUCCCACCAAAAGUAGAGUAUGUAGAGAGAUAAUGAGGACAGGGGUGGCAGACAGGGUAAAGGGCCUGAGCCUGAGCUUCAUAGUUCAUCUUUUCUGGGUUUAUCUGUGCCUACACUAGAGUUUAAAACAAGGAGAUGAGCCAUUUUCUCUUACUUUUGCUAUGACCUCCAGCUAGUAUUACUUCUCCUCCUCUAGACCCGCUGACUUAAUGAUGAAAAAUCAUUUGAAAAAGCUGCCGUCAAGCACUGCUGGUAACAUCUGAUUGCUGCUAUUAGAAACAAACUGAACAUUUACUUGGCUGCUAAACUACCGUUCACCCAAGCACUGCACAAGAAAUAAGGCGAUUACAACAGCGAAACUUGUUCUUCAUUUUGUCCAUUUUAAAAACUUUAACAGUAAAAUGUAAAGAGGGUUUGAAAGUUUGAAUUUUUGCCUUCUAAAAUGGCUCCAAGCUCUUGGAUCUUAGCCGUUAUUCGGAGUUCUUGUAUUUAACAUCUACGGAAUUUUUUUUUUUUUUUUUGACAUUUUCACAAAAUUGCAGAAGUUAGAAUCAAUCUGGUGCACGCUCAGUUAGAAGUUUACAUCCACUUGCAGUUUUAUAUUUCACACGAAACUUUUCAUUUUUAUAAAGUUUUCCAAAAGAACAUGUUACGUGCGAGGCUGGCUCAGAAGAGCCCCCUGUCUGGUCUCUCUCUCUCUCUCUCUCUCUCUCUCUCUCUCUCUCUGCCUCUCCCUCCCUCUCCCUGCAUCCCUGCAUUAGGAAGUCCAGGAAGAAGAUUGCUGCCCCUUACUCUGCUCUGCCAUGAGACGUGUGGAGGGGAUCUGAUUGGAACAUGGCUACCCUUCACCUGGCUCAUUAGAGGGGAACCAUCUUUAAAAACUUCUUCCCUUGUGUGCUCGGAUUCUCUGGCAGCUUACCUGGACUCUGUGACCUUACAAUAUUGGAACUAGACAAAGUAAAAACAUUUGGGAUUUGUGGUGGGAGAUGGGUAAGACUAAGGUACGUUGGGGUACCCUUUACAUUGCACAACACGUAGUCGCUCUUUUGUAUAGCACACCUUAUUUUGGAGAAAUAAAUAAUCCACACACUGGGAUUCCCACUUGAUUGUUUGUGUUGCUUCCUUGUGCUCGGCUAGAGGAGCGCAACAAACACCAGAAAGAGCAACUUUUGUUUUGUCGGUGCCAGCGGACCAAAAGCAGCCGAGAUACCAAGAGACACCUGUCCACUUGUCAUCUUGUCCUCUAGAAUUUGAAAGUCUCCUCAGUUAACACAACAUCCAAAACGUGUUUAUUUUGAAAAUUACCACAAUUAGCUUUAAAGUCACAUUAAGGGAUAAAAGGGAGGGUAUUACUCAUUUUUUCAGACUCUUUCUGAUACGUUUUUUCGUAGUUUUACAUUAUUUUCAGAUUUAAAAAAGCCUCCUGUUUAUCACUCUGGUGUAAAUGCUUCAUUUCAGCCGCAUUUCGGUGAUAAAGCAAGAAAUAAUUUGCAUUUUGUGAUAAGUGGUAAAAACUAAAGGCCUCAAAAAAGGUGAUAAAAAGUUUAGGCUGUUCUUACAACAAUAAAUCAGCACCAAGGUAAUUAUCGCUGCAAAAAGAAAACCAAAUACUUUAGUUUGAACAUCUUGUGUCAUUCUUAGGAGCUACAGUGCUGAAUAAUUAAGCUGUAUUAUGAUGUAGUCUAACAUUUAAAAGCAGAAAAUGACCUUUUCCCUCUGCUUCCUGCUCCCUGUCUGCUCCCACCUUUCGUAGUCUGAUCCAUCCAAAGGGAUCACAUGAGUCAUCAUUUGAUUACCGGCUGCUGCAGCAGACAACCAGAGCAGAACCGCUGGAGAUUUCAUGGUUUUUACAGGAAAUUUGCUUCUUGGCGGGUCAAGAACUUGAGCUCCAGGAAGGGAACUUUGAAAGAAUGGUAAGUCUUUAAAUUAUUCUCAAACCCUGUUAAUCUACAUUUUACAAUAGUAUACCUGCCAUCAUUUUCUUCAUUUUCCAUCUUUCUGUGGCUGGAUGGGUCUAAUAAUUACCUACUUUAGUGACAGAUACACGGUUAAAGAUAUUGAGGUUCAUAAGGACAUUUUCCAGGACAUCCUCUAAUUGCCUCUCAAAAACUUUGCUAACAAGACAGAAGAAUUUGCAUCCAACCCAGCUGCUCCGUGAGGUUAUCAAGUUCACCUGUGCUUAUGUUUGUAAUGUCCGGUCAAAUACGAGAAAAAAAAAAUUACAUGCCAAAAGUUGUUGCUUUUCAGAGGGGAAUGCCCUUUUCCUUGUUUCCAGGUCUACAUUUAAGCUAACAGACAAAUGCUGAAGACGUGCGAGUUAAACUAAAAUGUCUUUUGAGCUUCAAGAAAGCUUCAUUGUUUGUCGUUUGAGGGGCCGGACGGUAAAAGCACUCUGAAGGAACAAAAGGACUUUUUACAAACUGCCUCUGAAUUAGCAUCCAUUAAAGAAAAGCAGGCGAAAAAGUGGGUAGUUUGAUAGUUUAUUUGUCAGAUGGAGAAAGGUCAUAAAAAGAUGACACCUUUAAAAAAAAUGGCACAGACCUGUACAAGAGAUGUCCAGUUAGCCUUAUGCUAAUGCAUGUCACCGGCUGUUUUUAACAUGUCAACUGGAAGACGACCUAGUAUUGAAAAGCUGAAAGGGGGAUUUGCUACCUAUUGUAACAGAGGCGGACAUGCUGGGAUAAGGACAGUAGUCAAGUUAGGUCAUCUAAUGAAGUUAUUACUGUAGCUCGACUCGUAAAUGUGCUGAAGAAGUUUCUCAGUUUGCGAAUAAAUGAUUAAUAAUGAUUCAAUAAUCGAUAUUAAAUAAUCCUGGACAAAGACUUGUGAUAAUAUGAGAUUUAAACCUCUCUCGUGGUUUUAUCUGGAUGUUGAUCCUCCACUUAAACAAAAGAAAGUGAAGUUGCGCCUAGUUUAGAUGUGAAUAACAUGAAAUUUCAGGAAACUGACAUCAACAUCCCAGUGAAAACAAAACCUAAAAUUACAAAUUGUUCAAAACCAAACUAUGAUCUCUAUUUGAACCAAGUAAGGAUCAUAAACUGAAUGGGUCUUAGAUUUCCUGUUUGCCUCACAUAGCUCUGCUCCUGCCAGCUAGCAACCUGUAGCUAGCUGGCUAACUAAAAUAGGGUAUAACUUAACCAUGACCGCCAUCCUUUCAGAGAUGAUUUCAUUAUCAAGACAGCUGUCUUUUUAAACAUUUUUAUCCCUCACUACUCCAUUGAGUUGCACCCAAAUCCUGAUAUUUAAUGGUAUCACUCAGCCGCAUGUUUGAACUGGCAUGAUGUAUUUGUCCACAAAGGAUGUGGCUGCCAGGGAAAAGUAGGGCGCAUUUGCCUCUGAUAUGGGACAGCGGCCACUGUGAUGCAAUGUCCCCCUCCAGAAGAAGCAGCCCCUGAAUUAGAGCAAAGCUGCAUUCUAUCCCAAAAGGAGGAUCAUAUUCUUGGUAGUGAAAAUGGAGGUUAUAUUAAUAAUGCCUGUUGGGGUUUCGUAUUUUAUAACUUUGACUCUUAAGAGUUCUUCUUUCAGGCGUCAACACAUCAUGGUCUCUGAAGAGUUUAAUCAGAUGGGAAAAUCUUGUCUGAUGAUUCCUGAUCUCCAAAGAGAAAAUCAUCUGAAGGCUUUCCUGCUGGAUUUAAAUUAAGUGUAACUUCCCUUUAAGGCCUUUAUAGCUCAAACUGAUGGAAACAGUGACUGUACCAUCAUUUUAGUUUUUAAUGUAUGCGCUGCACUGUGAUACUUAAGAACACAUACAAGGAGAUGCAAUGGUGCAUUUGUGCCAGUGUGUUCAGGGAUCAAAAUGAAAACAGCAGAGUGAUUUCUCAAAUGGAAGUCGUACUUGGCCUUUUUGAUGAUACAGUCAGCUCCAAAUUCUGGAGGCCAAAGCUACUUGAAAAUGAAUAAAAUUUUUCCUGACUGCAAUCAAACCCUGCAUUGAAACACCAUAACUCAAGAGCUGGGUACAAAUGUCUCAUUUAAGGUGAAGGAUUGGCUUUUAUACCUGAGGCGUUGCAAUGGAAAUGGAAGACAAAACCACUGAUGGCAGAGUCAGACAUAUCUACUGCACAAUCAGGGGGAUUAAAAAGUGUCUUGUGGAUAUGAAGGUGUUGUUCUGGCUUUUGGUUUUUCUGCAGCACCGGUGUGAAAGUAACCUUUAAUAAUACAAGGAGCGACUGCUGCUUUAUGGGCUGGUGUGUAGGUAGAAAACUGGACUUUCUGUCUUCAAUAAUUCAACAUCCUUUGACACAAAGGUGCUAGAAUUCAUAACUUGUCUGGCUGGGUCAGCGUACUUCCCUCUGGAUCCAGACAGAGACAUCUCAAGUAGUUGAAGGGUUGCAUUUGAUGGGAAACAAGUCCGACUUUGUGCUUGGCCCCAGCUUUAGUUUAUUGUUUUGAUAUUUCAAAUCAUAAACUUUUCAUAUGACUGCCAGUACAUUAGAUGACUUUGUCAUGGUUGUGCUAAAAUGCUCUGUUUAGAUGGAAAACAAGGUGCACCUGUAAAGAUGCAUCUUCAUGUUUUCACAUAUUCAGACGAACAGAUAAACAACUAUAUGGAGGUUUUAUCAGGUGGGUUUCAAGGGUGAACAAAUGCAGUGAGACGGCUGUUUUUCCUAACUUUUAACAUCAGUGCAAAGCUAAACCAACCAGCUGCAGCUUUAUAUGUCAUAUUGCACUCAUUAUAAUAAUAAUAAUAAUAAUAAUAAUAAUACAUUUUAUUUAAAAGCGCCUUUCUGAGCACCCAAGGACACUUUACAGGGCAUAAAAACACAGCUAGAAACAUAAUUAAAAUAAAUAAGAACAACAUACAAGUGUGAAAGUAGACAGUUAAAGUGAGUAUGCGAUUCGGAACAGGUGUGUUUUGAGAUUGGAUUUAAAGUGGGGUAAUGAGUCCAUGUUCCUGAGGUCCGGGGGGAGAGAGUUCCAGAGUUUGGGAGCAGAGCGACUGAAAGCCCUGCUCCCCAUGGUGCUGAGCCGGGCAGAGGGGACAGAGAGGUGGAGGGAGGAGGAGGAUCUGAGGGAGCGUGAGGGGGUGGAUAUGUGGAGGAGAUCGGAGAGGUAGGGGGGGGCAAGGUUAUGGAUGGCCUUGAAAGUGUACAGGAGGAUUUUGUAGUUGAUUCUGAACUUGAUGGGGAGCCAGUGAAUCAUUGCAUCAGCACAGUACAGCAAACAUUCAACCCAAACGGAGAAAGAAAUUUAACAAAAUCUGAGUGAUACUUUUGCAUAGUUUUUUGCCAAAAAAGACAAAGUGACAAUAAUGAGAACAAACGUCCAUUGAUAACCAGUAUAUAAAUGGGCAAUCUUGGGGUUAUGUAUUGAUUGUUGGGUCGAACAAACACGACUGAACUGUUCUCAUCUAAUUAGCUGCAUUCUGUGCCUGUGUUUAUCAGGGAGAGCAGCGGCAGCUGUCAAGGACGUCUUUGCAGCCUUAAAGUGAGUAAAAGAAUUAUUACCACACCAUAAAAACACUCUUUGAGGAAGAACACCAGCACUGUGUUUGUACAGAGCUACAUACCAGCUACUUUCUUAAGUACAGAGGUCAUUUCCCUCCAGUGCAUUUCUCAGUGUGGCAUCUAAAAAUGUUUUAAAGUAUUGAGCAAAUCUGUCAAGUGUUGAUGUUUUACUUCUUUUCAGUUUAGUAGGAAACAGAAUUUUAAAAACCCUGUAAGGAUGUGUUUUUAAAGCAGAAUGAAACACUUUUGAUCAGAUGAGAGAGAUCUAAGAGACAAAGAAAACAAAUUAAGUACAAAACUUCUCACACUGCUGUUUUGUGCAGCUGGUAGAAUUGACAACAAACUUAUUUGGUUUCAACAAAUUUGCAGCCUGAGUCAUAAAAUCAAGUCAUAUGGCGAACUUGAAAUGUUAAGGGGCAGGGGCAAAAAAGGUAAAAGGCACCUGCUGUAUGCCAGAAAGUUGUUGUUAAAUCUGUCUCUAUAUGAAGAUCAUUUUUGAGCACUUUACUUUCUGGUGAUUAUUUCUGCAACAAUUUGUGGUGGGAGUUUAAAAGAAAAAACCACAAAAUUAUUCACACAUAAUUAUCAUAAUAUGAAGUAUGAAGCUCACAUUUGACUCCAAUUUGAUCUGUUAUUUUAACAUGUAAAUCAAUGAUAGUCUUGUUUGAUUUAACAAUUAAAUAUAUCUGACUUUCUGAGUAUCAAACUCGACUUUGAAACUGUAUGAAGUCUGGAGUAGCAAAAGGGCUCUUUUUCUGUGAAAGGUUCUUGGAGGGCUCUUUUCUACAUCACCCAGAAGGCACAAUUUCUAUUUUAUAUCCACUGUAAGGUUAUCCAGAGGGCCUUUUAUUCACAUUUUACACACUGAGAGGUCAUCCAGAGGACUCCGCAUUAUGUUUUAUCUUUUGGAGAAUCUUUUUUUUUUUACUUAAGGAGCAUCAAAAGGGCACUUUUUCCAGACUAAGGGGACAUCAUGAAUACUCUUACUUAAAAAACCCAAUUACAGCCUUGAACUGUAUGAUUAAACAGUUAUUAUUAACAUUUUUGUGCUUAAGUGCUUGUAGCAGACUGACUUCGAUUUUUUUGCUGGUGGGUUGUGCUCCUUAUUUUAGUGGACCCUUUACACAAAAUUUCAGAGUCAAUCAUCUUUUCUAGCUGGACCAAAGGAAAGUGUCUCAGCCCUCCAGGCUGUCCUGUCAUGCUGCUCAGCACUGAUUUUUUCUCCCAGAUUAAUCCUACGGCUACAAAAGGGGAUAUAGAUGCAGAAAAUGGAUCCCCAGCUGAGAGGGUUCAGACUACUACAGGAAAAUAGGUCACUGUACCAAAGAGAAAGUUUGAAAGCUUUAAAAGUAAAAUGAGAAACCUUCAAAUUCGAAGUAAGGCAAGAAGAAGAACGCUCCCACGCCGUGUGUCUGUGUGUGGGAUUGGAUCCUAAUGAUAUUCUUGUGAUUGUUCCUGGAGCUGGUCUGCUGAUUUUUGAGAACGACAUAGACUUGAUCCUAACUUGGCCUUAUAAAGAAAGCUGUCUUUGAUGAGCAGAGGGAAGUUCACAGCAAGAAGCAAGUUAUGAAUGUCUCUCUGGGCGGUGAAUUAAGGUCGCAGCAUCAUAUUCUCUGUUACAGCUACAGGGAUGAGAAAACCAACUCUGUGAGCAAUGAUAGAUACGGCCCCUUUUUAUACAGAAUUUAUGCCAUGAAACCUAAUAUAUACGAUGACUGUUGUUGUCUUUCACAAUAUUUAUAUAUUUUAUUUUAAGGGAACCAUAAUGAUCUGAUGAAUUAAAACGACACAGCUUAAACAAUUGUUAGGCUUGAAGAGUAAGAUGUGAGACAGAUUUUCCACAAAACCACACGACAAUGAAGUCUUCAAUCACACACACUUACGAGAGAACACUUCAUCCUGUCUUGCAAACAUCUGUUGAAAUAAAACUUUAUUAGUUCUUGUGUUAAUCUGUUCUGUUUGUUAAAGUCUGAAGUGGGCCAUCUGCUUUUAUUCUUUCAUGUUUGCUCAUUUAAAUUGCUUUUAAAAAAAAGUUUUUACAAACAAACCAACUCUUCUUUGAGUCUUUGGCAUUUGAGUUUGAUAUAAACAUCAUCAUUCUCACAUGACCACAGUCAAAGGUUAAUGUGUUAGCACUUGCCAACAUCCAACUGAGGCUAAUGGAAUUAACAAAACUUUUGCACAUACUUGAUGAAGCAGAUGAUGUGCUAAAUUACAAAUGUCCAGAAAUGACCAAAUCUUGUAUUGAAAUUCAGAAACAGAGUUUACAAACAAACAUGAAAUCCAUAUAACCAAUAACUGGAUGAGUUCAGUCAAUCUUGACCGAUGUAGUUUAUGUAGUUGACUUAAUGCUGACUCUAUGAGACUCACUGUAGUGCAAAAGUAAAUUAAAAAAGAUAGUUCCUGAAGUCUUUUAAAAAGUCUUUGGGGCUCAACCAAUGGGGACUAUGAAUGUUGUCUGGAAACCUCAUAACUCAUCUGGAGUGUUGAAGGGAUUAGCUAUUGACAACAAACUGUGUGUAACAUGUACAUUUGCACUAAAGUGAAACUAAGUUGUCACUAGAUGCAGCUGGAUUCAUCCCCUGGGGACCAUAAAAGUUUUUUGUGAUUAACUUUAUAUUUAAUUCGACUGAGAAAAGUAGAAAGGUUCAAGUCAAUGUUACAGCAAUGAAUAUUAAGAUAUAUAUUCACAUUUACCCGUACCUAUAAAUGUAGAAAGAUACAUUUAAAAAGUAAAAAAAGAAAAAAACAAAUUGAUAAAUUUAUAUAUAGAAAUACAUAAAAUAAUAAUAAAAACAAAUAUAGGUAACACUUUUCAAUAACUUAUAAAUGGUAAAUAGACCAUUUAUAAAUGGUAAGUAGAUAGUUUAUUAAUGUUUAAUCAUCAUAAAUAAAUAGCAUAUAGACCAUUAUAAACCUAACCCUAACCCUAACUUUACAAUAACCAUCUAAGUAAUGUUUAUAGGUGGUUUAUAAAACACUUAUCAAUCAUUCUCAAAGUAUUACAAACAUCAGUUGCAACUUUACAAAAAUCAUCUAAGUAAUGUUUAUAGAUGGUUUAAAAAUCAAAUAUUAACCAUUUGCAAAGUACUACUGACACAUAUUUUAAUCUAGAUGUUUUACAACCAAUAUUUAAACCAUAUAUAAACCUUUAAUAAAUAGUCCAUUAAUAAUUCAUGAAAAUUAUAUUAACUUACAUUAAUAAACGAUCUAUUUGCCAUUUAUAAAUUAUGGUUAUUGUAAAGGGUUACCCAAAUGUACAAUAUGUUAAAUAAUAAUAAAUUACAUGUGCAUGUAACAAGAUCAAAGGAAAAAAAUAAAAGAUAAAAAUUAAGGGACCACAAAAGUUGAUACAUCCUGCUGCAAUCGACAUUUUAGUUUUGAAGAUUUAACUCAUAACCAAAAAUUUGAAUAUUUUGAAAAACGUGGAAGUGCUACAUUAUAAACAUUAGAGUGAUCUGGGGACCAUGAAUGUCUGCAAUAAACCUCAUGGCAAUGUAUCUUAAAGUUGCUAGAAGGCUGAACCCAAAAACAAACGUGAACCUCAUGAUCAGGAUACAAAAACCCCUAAAACUGGUCACCAUUGUCCUGAAAUCCACGAAACUCAAUUCAACAGUUGACGAGAUUUGUUAGUCAAACUUACAGACAAAACUGGACUCACAAUAAAAGUUUCCAUGUAGAAAGAAAAAUAGACAAUGUCAAGCUUAUGUGAUUCUGAUAGCUUAGAAAAUUUUUAAACUAGUUUCAUUCAAACACACAUUAAAAGAAUCUCGUUGGAGAAAUAAAAGGGGGUUGUGGUUGUGACUGUGUUCCUUUGUAAGAAAACAUGAUCAUACAAAGUGCUACUGGCUGAUCAUUAGCGACUGAAAACAAUGGCAUACAGUUGUAAAUGGUCUUGUUCGCCACACAUCCCUCAUGCUCACAUGCAUAUAAUCCCUAACACACACUCCCAUGAAUUGCCCACUGGCUUUCACUACAACGCUUUGAAGAGUGAGGAAAGGACGAGACCCUUUGUAAAUCCCUUAAAUACACCCACUUCUCUCACUCCUCCCUUCUUUCUCUCUUCUUCAUUGAGUCCCUCUCUGUUCGGCUCAGACCAAGAGUUAGACCUUCACAUGUGAAGUAAAGCUCUGUGGAUAUAGGACUCAUUGCUCAGCUAUGCAGUAGAGAGGCGGAUUAAGACUCAGGACUAAGGCUGGGUGCCAGUGCAAGGAUUGGGCAUUUCGCCAUUUAUGCAUGAUCUGGAAAGAAGGAGAAACCUCACUCUUUUUUCUCUCUCAGUUUUUAACAAAACUCCUCUUUGCUCCUGUGUCAUUCUCCCGCUCCUUCUCCCUUUCUCCUUCCACCCCUCUUUCCCCUCUUUCUGAACCAUGACCCUUCUUUCAGAGGACCAGUCCGCCAGACCCCAGCCCUGCCGGCUUCCAGAGCCUGGCAAACACAUCCGCAACUCUCUGCACCAGUUCUCAACGGGCUACUCUGGCUCCAAAGAGGAAUACAUGACCAGUGGGGAGAGCGUUGUUUACCAAAACAUGGACCCCCCAAAGCGCUCGAGGGGCCGACUCAUCCUCCACGGCAUGGUCAUGUUUGGAAGGGAAUUCUGCUACGCCGUGGAGGCCGCGUUUGUCACACCUGUGCUUCUAAGUGUGGGUCUCCCUCGCAGCCUGUACAGCCUGGUGUGGCUGAUCAGUCCCAUCCUGGGUUUCCUGCUCCAGCCCAUCAUCGGCUCGGCCAGCGACUACUGCCGCUCGCCGUGGGGCCGGCGGAGGCCUUACAUCCUGGCCCUUGGCAUCUUUAUGCUGCUGGGGAUCACCUUGUUUCUGAACGGGGAUGCGGUCAUCUCAGGUAAGGUUUAAAAGAUGAGUAAAGAAGGGAGGAGGAGAGAAAAUUAAAGAUAGACAUCAAGAUACGAAAGGGAUGUGGUAUUGGUCAUGCUAUAUUUAAAAAUGGAGUAAAAGAUCUCGGGUUGUCUGGGAGGAAAUUGGACAGUAUGAUUAAUCAUCUCUGUCAAUAAAGAAGACUGCUGAUAAGGGAAAGCGCUUGUAAAUCCUCUGAGAAAUGCAGUGAUUCUUGUUCCAAUAACUUUUAUUCCUCUUGGCUCUUGAUUUAAUAGGAUUACUUUUUUAUUGAUUCAAUAAUUUUGAUUUUAAUUUUAUUUUGAAGUAUUUUUUGGCUCCCUCUUGCUCUUAAGUUUGUACACACUCCGUGAUUCAGCCUAUAAUGAAGUUGGCCCCGUCAGUCCAGAUUUAAAAAGAUUUAACUUGUUUAAUGCGUUGGCAUAAAGCCCUGAAAGGCUCUUACGCUCACAUUAUUAACUUGUGACUUAAGUUAAUUGUGUGACUUUUUAAGGUAGCCCUGAUCCGGUGCCCACUGGCUCAGAUGAACGAUGAGGAAUGAGUGUGAGAAAUUUCUCUGUGCAUUUUAGUGUCAAGCAGAAAAACCGCUGAUAUAAUUAAGAGAAAGACUCCUCAGGAGUCUAUCAUGGGAUAAACUCACUGUACAGAAAAAUGCGUGACCUUUUGAAUAAAAGAUAAGUAAAGAACAGAUGACAGGUGAAGAAUAACGACCUGAACCGACAUUUCUUGGGCUCAUCCGCACUGCUGUAUUGUUUCCCCCGGAAAAGUUUCAUUCAAUUACUUCCUCCACUCUACGUGUCACAGUUUUUCUAAACCCUCCAAUCAUUGAGCUUGAUAUAUCUCAAUACCACAAAUACAUCUACUGACUUGGGAAAACAAUUACAGUAAUCAUGCAACAUCAGAAUGAGAGAAAGAGAGGAUAAUUUUCCAAAGCCUGCCUCACAUCUCUCCACCUUGGCCACAAAAGAUCAGUCCUCUCUGGGGAUCUUGUUCAUGAUUAGACCAGGAAGCACUUUUAUAACUAAACCAAAUGAAUGCAGGAAAGAAUUUGUAAAACAAUAUGCAUUUAUUCACGCUGAAAUGGUCUCUGAAUGCUGUAAUUGUUGGUCGGGUUCAUUUUAAGAAGCCCCAGGGCUUUGCUCUAAUCAUCAUAUGAAUUAUCAAAUAUUUCUUUCUCUGUGGCGAAAGCAGGGUAAGCUGAUUACCUUUCCAUGUUUCUCAGGGGUGUAGAAAACGCUGCAGGAACCGUGUGACAUUAUGUUUGCAUUGUUGGAGCAGCUCUCGGUCUAACAGCCUCACGUUGGCCGCUAUAAGAAUGAGUCUUUUUGUGUUUGAAAAGAUUUUUAAAAUAAGUAAAACAAAGACUGAAAGUUCCUUUGACUGUACUUCCUGAAAUUCCUCCAUUCCUCUGUACAUAUCCUCAAAAUGUAGGCAGACCUUUGAGUUGUUCCUGCUUUAAUCUUCUUUUUUUGAAAAAUCAAGACAUGGCAGAACUAUUAUCAUGUCCACCAGACAUAUCUGGUUCUUUUUUGUCCUAAUUUCUUUCGUAUACUUUCUUUCUGUCCUUUUCCUCACAGCUAUCUCCCUUACACAGAUUGCAAAUUUCACCCUUUAGGUAUUCAGUCGCUGAAAUAGCCGCAGCGCCUGAUAAAUGUAAAGAUGUUUCGUUCUUGUUUUUCCAGCGAUAAUCACAGAUAAGUCGUUGAAGAGCGUCUGGGCCAUCGUGGUGGUGAUGUUCGGCGUCGUGCUGUUCGACUUCGCCGCCGACUUCAUCGACGGGCCCAUCAAGGCUUACCUGUUCGACGUGUGUUCCUAUCAGGAUAAAGACAGGGGCCUGCACUACCACGCUCUGCUCACAGGUGUGUAGCACUCAUGUCUUCACAAGCAAACAAAUUAACAGUCUUCUUCUGCCUCCAGUAUGAAUCUGGAUGGAUUUACUGCCAGUUAUGGUCUCCGUUGAAAACAAAUUCCCGCCGUAAUAGCUUGAUAAUUUCUCACACACACGAUAAUGGGUUGAAAAUGAUCUCUUUCUGGCACUACUGGUGGCAUCCUGGUGGGUGUUAACAGCUGAAGAAAGAGUGAAUAUUCUUAUGAAUGGUGCUGUUGUUGGCUGGUACCAUGUACCUGUCAUGUAAAACAGUUUAGAAGUGAGUGUGCAGAUGAUUUCUCUUUGCUGUGGGUAUAAAGUGAAUAUCGGUAAAGGACCAUUUCGCUAAUGUGCACAUCAGUAACGGUCUGAGCUUUUUCAUAGAGGCAAAUCAACAGUUGAGAGCAGAUGAGUUUACGGUGGUUGCGCUGAAAUCCAAAUUAUCGAAAUGCAGCAACACAGUCAAAUUAUCCCUUUAUGAUCAAGCAGAAGCUCUUGUUAUGUAUGACUUGUCCAAGGCAUCUGCUGUAGCACUCAUGACUAAAAGAUAAUCAUCCAAUGCUACUGUUAGAUUGAUUCUGUUGAUUUCUUGGUAUGUUUUUAGACUAUUUUACGAUCUGUCAUGUUUCAUUCACAAUCUUACAACAAAAAGAAGAAAUCUGAGCAGGCCUUGAACUGUAGAUGCUGUAGCUCGAUGAAAAGAAAAGUGACGUUCUUCCGGUUUCCUCACGUUGUUAGUGAUUUUGGAUAAAGCCAAUUCAAUGAUACAUACAGGUCAAAUGUUCUGAGUAGUGUGUUUUCCGGUCCUUUAACCAAGAAAUAUAACGCAUUAGUUCUGUUACCGAAUAUUGGGCUCAGCAGCUUUUUAACUGAAAGCUGCUUUAAUAAAUAUUUUGCGUUUCAGCACUGAAUCAAAUGACCUUGUGGGGUUUGCGUACAGCCAUAAAGAAUUUUUUUACUCAACCACGCAGCUCCGCAUUGCAGUUUAGUUCAUUUCAGCUUGUUCUUUUGGCCUCCCCACCAAAUUUCAACCUGGAACUUGAUAGAUUAUAUUUAGUAAUGUUGGCUGCUUAAAAAGCUCACAUAGAGGAGCAUGAAGCUGCGAAUAAGUUAGAAAACAUGUUCAAGUUUGUCAAGAUUUGGCCAGUUUUGACUCUCUCAGUUUUGACUAUUUUAUCAGGACAGUUUCGCUUUGUUACAACAAAUUGCUUCCUUUAUUUUUUAGCACUCCUUCUCAGAAGAGCUUUUGUCUUAGUUGCAUUCCCAAAUUCUCUAAACUGUGUAUUCCUCAGCCUCUCAAAUCAAGAAACAUUUACAUGUUGCGAGUUCUCAAUGGAUUUCACUUUGACCCCACUUUCAGGCUGUGGUUAUGUGGCUGAAUUAAUGAAAAGAACCUUCUCCUGAGAUACAAUAAUCAGAGCAAAUAAUGUCCAAUUUAUCCAAAAUACAAUGCAGUAAGAAAAAAAUGUAUAACAUGUUUUUAGCCGGAAUAAUGGGCAUUAUUAUUCCACUCCCAUGGAAAAUUAAAACAUCUUCCUUUGAAUAGUCAAAUCAAAUCAAAUCAAACUUUAUUUAUAUAGCACCUUUCAUGCAAGCUGCAACACAAGGUGCUUUACAAGAAGAUAAAAACAAACAACGGUAAAAAACAGAGAACGGUAAAUAUAAGGCAAUUUUGUAUAUAUUUUUUUAUUGUUCACUGAAAGGAGCUGAGAUGUACAAGGCAACAGAAGCAUUUGAGAUCUUCUCAAAUAUUGUCCAGUUUCCUGUCGAGUGGCACUUAAAGAUGCAUUCAGAAACAAGUUGGUGGUUUUCUUUUCACCUUUGCUAUUCAGGAAAUAUACUUCACUGUGGACUCCCCAAUACCCUACUGUAAACAGUCUAAAAAGAUGGCCUCUAGAUUUAAAUAAUAUAACUAUAUUAAAGUAAUCGAGUCUAAGAAACAAUGAAAGGAACAUUAUUAAGCAGCACAAAAACAUUACAUUAAUUCAAAGACUUGAGCUCUACUUGAAGUUAUUAUCCUUCAAAUCAAUAUGUAGUUUUCUUAUUACACAAUAUCAGUUCAUUGAAUUUAUCUCUGUAAAUCUCAGGUAAAGUUUACGGUCAUUCAGCUAAAGUUUGAACUUCUACGCUACACCAAAAAGCCACAUUCAAGCUGUCUCUAAAACCCCACCAAUCUUGAAAAAACUGUACCAAAGAAAUCGGUUGGGAAGAUCUCCAAAAGAAACCUGUACUCUAGUGCUGGAUGAUGUUUUUAGUGUGAGUGUCAGCGGUGCACUCAGCUGUCAGCAGGCACCGGGUGGUGUGAGCAUGCUAGUCAGGCUGUAAUCCAGCCCUGAGCUAGUCAUGUGCUGCAGUCAUGGGUCUGGGCUGAGAGAGACAGAGGCCAGGCACAUGACUCUUAGAUGCCGCUGCUGCUGCUGGUAUGUGAGGUUUGGGGAGGGAGGAGCACAAACUGUUGUGUGUUUCUUUGUGAUUUUUGUAAUUCUUUUGUUCGCCCAAAUUUCAGCUGGAGGGUGAACAAGUCUUAGGAAAUGUUAUUAGUGUUCUGGCCCAUUUGCUAGAAAGCCCUUACAACAUUAUACACAUUCAUGGUUACCAGGGGAUGAAUCUUAAUAUAUUUUAUGAUUCACUCUCAUCUAGCUCCACCUACAGACCAAAUAUUAACAAGUCUGGUAAAUUAAACAUAUUCAACAAAAAAAAUGUGAUCAAUAUUCAACUCUAGAGGGUGGACUCUUCUUAUGAACUGUCGUUGCUGCUUCUUAGCCCCUUAACUCAACAUGCAGUAAACUGGAUCCGUUUGUGAGGCGAAUUUCAUGGCGGAUUAUAGACAGCGGGGAGAACUCACAAGAACCCGUGGAUUCAUUUGCAAUUGUGCAAUAAUGAGUUGUCUCUGUAAAGACAGUUACAUAACCAUAUAAGCAGGAGAUUGUGUCCUUCCAGAGGAGGAAAUCUACUUCUAGACUUCUAAAAUCAGCAUCUCCUCAUCCAUGGUGCCAUCGGAGUGAAAUGCUGUCUAUAAACCUUUCACUUGUUUGUCCCCGCCUGUUUGCAUGGUGUGAAAUAUGAUCCGCCUGAAACACAUAGUGUUAUAUUUUGAAGAGAAGCUGGAUGUUAUAUUUUGUGCCUCUGCCUGACUUCCUUUCCAGCAUGGGUUUAUCUCAUAGUCUGUAUAUACUAUGGACGACUUGGUUCCGCCUACCGCCUGUAUACGAAUUUGAAGCCAAAUAGCUCUCGGUAUUUCCAGGAUUUUUCUUCAUUUCCUGAAACCAGCGCUGUGCAGUAGCAUUGUGCGCAUUCGGCAGGAGAGUCGCAGAGAGUUGCUGUGAUGAUGCUCGGCUCAAACAGUGUAUUCGUCGGGUGAGCUACAGAAUCCCUGAACGCCAAUAGGCUGUAUCAGGUGUCAAUCAUAGAAAACAUAAACCCCUAAUAACUUUUAAAAAUGGAGCUUCACAGAAAAAAGAGGACUUGAGCACAAACCAGUCAUCUAAAGUUUGUCCACAGCCCCAUAAGCUUUGCUGGCGGAGGCAGGAUUUAUGACCUAUACUGCAGCCGGUCACCAGAGGGUGCUGUUCUCGGAGUGGCUUCACCCAGCAAGGAGGCAGACAGUGUCUGUUCUAUAUACAUUCUAUGGUUAAUCUGCACUGAAUUUUUCCAGCAUGCCCUGGUGUCCAGAAAAAUUAGAACUCUUGUGAUCAGCUGUGGAGUCCGCCGAUCUGCAGCAUAAUGGAAAGAGGCCGGAGGAAAUUGACACAUUAACUUGAAUGGUUGUGAUCAGCUGAGAUCAAUGGAUAUGGCCUUUUCGUAGCCGUUCUGGAUGCGGUGGAAACUGGGGGUGACUCUAUUUCACUUAUUCUUGACUCCCACAGGAUAAACCUUUAUGUAUUUCAUGACAUCGUUUAAUCAACCAACAUGUACUUGGGUAAACCUUGUCUUAUUGAGGUAUUCUAGUUAGCUUGGCUUGCUGACAUCUGCAUUAAACUCCUGUAGCCUGACCAUGUUUCUUAAAGCUCCUGUAAGGAACUUUUGGUUUGUGGCAACUUUGGCACCCCCUGUGGACAAAGUAGUCCUUUCUCAUUGUCUCUUCUAAGAGCUUAAGCAGCGUCUUAUCACAAAUAAACUCAUCCUGCUGCCUUUUGACAAAUAAGAUGUUGUAAAGUUUAAAAUGUCCACAGCAGCAUUUUCACACUAAUUCUGGCUUUUCAGAAAGCCAUUUUCAUCCUGUAAAAUAAGGCGUUAAAUCAACUUGAAUGAUGCUUUUUAAAUUUAUUAAAAGUAGGUCAAACCUCAUCUUGCUGAUUUCAGUCCCUCUCCCAUUUUUCUAACCUCUGAAGGUUUUCUGAGGUCUAGUGGCAUGACUGCUACGCCCUGCAAAAAAUAAUACAGCCCAGAGUUUUUCCAUUUGCAAAAUUAUGUACACAGUCAAACUGACAGUAGUGACAGAAAGGGAGGUUCCAGUAAUGCACUUUAUGGUAAGCAGUUGAAUAUACAAUAUAAAGUGUGAUGUCCUUGUUUUGUCAGUGAGUAAUUUUUAUUUGGAAUCAAAUACUUCACACUGAAAAAAAGGGUCAUUAUUUCAGAAACUGCAUCAUAACAAAACAAAAUAUGAUUGUGCCAUGGCAUUUUACAUCUUCUUCUGUGCUGAAUAACAAACACUCUGAGUCAUUAUCAGUGCAGAUUAGAUGAGGUCGUUUUGGUCCAUCUGCUCAUCUUAAAGCAAAUGUACCACAGUAACACACAAAACAAGCCGUUUUUGCUUCUUAAAGUGCUUCUCAGAUAAGCAAUUAGGGUCCCUCACCUUUUCUCGAGGCUCUAAGGUCAGAUUAUUUAAAUGCCUUUUUAGAGAAAUUAGAAGAGGCGGUGUUGUUAAUGAAAGCCGGAAGAGCUGAGUGGUUUGUGGCAUUUAACUCUGCCCUGAAGCACAUUUAGUAUGGGAGGUGGUGGUAUAUUUGACUUAUUCCCCCUGUCAGCAGUUGUCAAACUUCCAUGUGAGAGGAAACAGAGCAGGCUCUUAUUCCUGUUCCUGACAAGGUCACAUCCAACGCCUGCAAACUGGGUUUGAAAUAUGUAGCCAGGAGUGUUUGAGACUUACUGCUGUGAGCAAAGCAAACAAAUAAAACUCCCCAAUCUGACAUAAUCGGUGAUUAUCAUCUCUCUUCAACUCCUGCAGCGCUUAUCAUUUUGUGUUGAUUUGUGCCUCUUGUCUGCAGGGAUAAUUUCCUGUAGAUGUAUCAGGAAACCCACUGUUAGAUUUAAUGUGCCGCAAUAAAAAAAAUUGGAUAAAAUAUUGCUUGUUCUUCUUUUAUGACAGAUUUCUUAUCAAACCUCUGCGAAAAGCACAACAUUUUUCUUCCCUUUCAUUCUAUAAUUUAUCCCUAACUACGCGUAUAGAUUAAAGUUCCUAUACAGAACAGUAUAAUCACUUACAGAGUUGUCAUCACUAAUAAAUCCUGCUUUUAGUACAGUUGUUGCAACAAAUAUUGAAAGUAUCAACACUUAUCCCAGAGAUGAGGACACAAAAAGUCUGUUUUUUUUCCAAACUGAUUGAUGAUUUUAACAUUAAGGGCCUGUGUCCACUGGCAGUUUUCGCUCUGGCAGCAUCCACAAUCUCAGUAUCAGAGAGCCUCUCACCAGCAAUUUGUGUUCUUAAGUGACAAAAGCUUUCCUGUGUAGUGUUUUGUUGUUUGUGAACGAUUCGUUCAAUAGAACCAAAUCUUUUAAGUGAACGUACUGAACUGAAUCACUUCCACGAGUGAUUCAUUCGUUUCUCACUUCAGUUGAGCUGAAGUGAGAAACAGCAUUGCCAGGACAGCAGCCAGCGAACGAGGGAUCGCAUGCACCGAUGCCUGAAUCACUUGGUGAUCGAAUCACACAUUGAACUACACUCUCUGAAUCAUUUUUGUCAGACAAAACUACCUUUUUUUUUCACUGCUAAAUUGCCAACAACAACUUGCACACAAUUGGACACAGCAUGUAACAAGUAGCGCAUUAAACCCGCAGCAUCCUAUCAUUGCAGCGGUUUGCGAGGGAACGGUGCAUGUUCAGUGUGAAUUCUUCUAAACGUUCAGUGAACAAAUCACACUGCGCCCAAUUUACAGAGCAGACCUGAUAAAUGGUAUACCAUAGGACAGCUCACUUAAAACAUCAUGACUUAUAAACAAGUUCAUUUUUACAAACCUGUUGAACAAAGCAACACAGCCAAACACUCUCGUCUCCCGGUCCCAGAAGCUAUGAAUUGAACUGAAUCCUGAAACGUUCCGUUGUGUAUCAGUUCAGGAGGUUGGAGUCGCAGGCUUCUCCCACCAAAUGAUUCGGUGAUUUGGUGAACGAAUCUUUUGAACGAAUCUUUUUAGUGAACUGAUUCUAGUGAUUCAGUACAACUAAAAAAACUGCAGUGCCCAUCACUAGUCCUGUGGCACCUCUGCUUUUCUUUGUACUGAUUAUAUUCCUUUACAAAAUAUCCAGUAUGUUUCAUUUUUGCUUUUAUGCAACAAAACUUUGACAAAGAAAACAUAAAAAGCAAUUUAACGAAAACAAUUAAAACAAUUUUCACACUCUUCAAACAGUUAGCACCAGCCUUAGACAUGGAAAUAAUGCCUCAAAAAACAAGUGUAGUUUGUUUCACCUCCCUACAGUUUGUUGCCAUAGCUGUAGAUACAGUUGAUAUCAGAUUUUAAUUGGUUGGUCAUGGAGCAGCGACAGUGGUGUGCAUAGCAGUUCCAUUAGUUGAACCUUUGUUUGAAAUGAGUGCAGUGACAAAAAUAAUUGUUUCUGAGGGUGUUUUUGUGCUGAAAAUGCUGAACUCCAUCGGUUUGAACAGAAAAUAGGUGCUACCAGCAUGAUUAAUAAACAAGUGGACACAGGCCCUAACACACAUAUUUAUGCAUGAUUUAUUAGGAAGUUAUCAGUCAAAUAAAGGUACUUCUCACAUGUCCAGUCCAAUAAAUGAGGUCUUUGGUUCUUGUGUAGUUUCUAGCCACAGAAAGCACUUUUUUCCAAGAUGUUAUGUUUGAAACCGUUUCAGCCCCAUGCAGCAGCUCUGCUCAGUUGUUGCUCAUUAGUACAGCAGAGCGUUACAUAACUACAGAGCCAAAUGUUUACUUUAGAAAUCGGUGGCAACAAUAGCAAAGAUGAAUGAAAGUCACUGUGGGAUAGUACAUAAAGGGUUGUUACUAGAUGUUGAAAUAGGACACUGUUGCUUAUUAUGCCAUACCGGUGAUUAAAACACAUCCACAUCUUUCUCUGAUGCUUCCAUUCAUCUGCUUUUUCAUGUCUUCAUGGAGUUGUAACCAUUUCACUGUCUAUUUCAGGUCUAGGGGGGGCCUUCGGCUAUCUUGUAGGCGCUAUGGACUGGGGCCACUCUGUGAUCGGCAAACUGCUGGGCUCUGAGUACCAAGUCAUUUACUUCUUCUCAGCACUGACAUGGGGAAUUUUCCUCACCGUGCAUCUCUUCAGUAUUCCUGAGAUACCGCUGGGCAAGGCACCAUCUGCCGCUGACCUCACGCCUCCCAGUGCCCUCCGCCUGCUGGGAUCCCACAGCAAUGUUUAUGGGUCUCUGGCUAAAGAGCCUGUCUCCUUACCUACAUCCAUCCCUGAUCACAGGCCCAGGUCAUUUUCUGCCCUCGGUGAGGCCAACUCUGUGACCUCCAGCGCCAAACAGCCAAACAAGGUACUUAAGGAUAAAUAACAAACUUGAUCAAAACUUCUGGAAUACAAAUUUAAUCUAUUGAUUUACCACUUUACAACAACAUCCAUCCUUUUUAUGCCUACAGGGAAAACAAAAUUCUGUUUCUCACUUUAAUUUCUGUUGUUUCUUUUAGAAAAAUCUUAUGGAGAAACAUUUUCUAUAGAGUAGCUCCCGCAGAGAAAAUGAGGACCGUUAGAUUGAUUCGAGCACAUCCAAAGUAAAUAAUAAAAAGAGCUUCCAAUCUCAGUAGACAUAUUGCCACCUGCGAGAACGGCAUUUCUGAAGUUUACCUUUAAAAGUAGUCUUAAUGUCAGCUCUUUUUCAAGCCUCUUCUCAGCCUCUGGUUGCUUUAAUGAAAUGAUUUGAACGCUUUGAUAGUCAUGUUUGGAGUACUAUGCCAGGCAUGCUGAUACCUCUGAAAGUUAACCUUUGGAGAGACAAUGGUGGUAACCUUUACAGUGAAUAUAAAGGAAGUGCUAUUAUUCCUAUUUUUUAGCAUAAAAAGAUAAAAUCAGUACAUAUUUUUUACUAUUUUAAGUUGAUAUUUUGUCAUCCAGAUUGUUUUUAUCAACCAGACAUGCAGUCUCUUUGCUCGGUUGGAGUAUUUAAACUCUAUUUUUGUUUUCAUUUAUUUGUUUGUUAAUCAAUUAAAUUACAAAUACAUUCACUCAGGUGUUUGUUGGUCUUAAAAGUCCCAUUUAGUGGUCCAGGGUCAAAAAUCCCACGAAAAGAAAUCACAAGACAUCAUUAUACCAAAUCUGAAUACUUGUCCUGUAGAAUCACUAUACUUGGAUUCAUACCUGGUCAAAUUUUAGUGUAACAGAUUUAGCACGAACCGCUUCAUUUCUGAUGUAAAUGAUAACUCAGACAUAUGACAGGUGAAAUUAGAAUGUAGAUUUUUCUCUGCAGAAGAAACUCUUGAAACAUGUGAAGCAAUAAUAAAGUAAUCUGAAUGUAAAUGCAAAAAUGACAUUUGAAACACCACCCACGAUCUUGUGCUGAGGCAGUUUAUAAGUAUUGAUAUAUUCCCUCUCUUUCUAUAGAAGUUUGACAUUUAACUAUCCCUUGGAACCCUCUUGUUAAGGUCGUGUUUGAGGUCAGUUCUUAUGAAAAGGGGUUUUUCAUUUUGUAUCAUCUCAUCUGAGCCGUGGACGUGGUUGAAUGUCAAGAUGUUACAUCAAGAGUAUCUCACACACUAUGUCCCCUUUUUUCCUUUAUUGCUUUAAUUAAUUAUUAAGUUCAAGGAGGAUCAAACUGUCUUCACAGUAUUCACAUAAAAAACAGAAAAUUACAUAUGAGUCACUUUUCAUUAUGUUUCUCCUCUUGAUCUUGAGCUGUAAUCAAUGCAUUAUUGUGCACACACUUUCACCUUAAAGCAUUCAAACUUAAAGCUUUUGACGUACCAGGAGAGUAAUGAAUACUGGAGGAAGAGCUUUUCAGUUUCUUCUAAAGCAUGUCACUGUUGUUGCUGUUAAAAAAACUGACUCUUGUGGUGUUUGCACGCUUCAACAGGCCCAGAAGAAAAUGACAUUCAGGUCGCUGAUGAAAGCCAUCAUUAAUAUGCCGCACCACUACCGCUGCCUGUGCGUCAGUCACCUGUUGGGAUGGACUGCUUUCCUCUGCAACAUGCUCUUCUUCACUGACUUUAUGGGACAGGUAAUGAUGCCGCUGUGUCUUCAUGAAUAAAACAAGUUUAGGCUUGACUUGAGCUAUAAGAAUUGAACUAAUAAGUGUCAAGAAACACCACCAUAAGCUUUAGGCAACUAAGAAAGUUUUGUCCUAUUUAAGUCUCCCUCACUGAAAUCUUCCUGCCAUUAUUAGCACUUUGUGGAGAAUUACAGUAAUUGGUGUAAUAAUAGGCAUCAUUCCUCCAACUCUUUUAAUGCUACCUCCUGAACUCUGACAAAUACCUGAUCAUUCUUGCUUUCAGCUCUGUUUCUCAGGCCUAUCAUUAGUUUAAGACUCUUGAUAACACAAUCAAGUCAUUGAAAGACGUAAUCCCAGGCAUUGGCACGAUGUAUUCUCAGUAAUUUAUUCAUUAACUGGGGAAAAUAUUCCUAAUAACACCCCUAUUUAUUUGAAAAAACAUCUAAAUUUUCUUCCACUUUUUGUCAUUCAUUUCUCACACUUAGUGAGCUUAGUAAUGGAGAAAAUUGGAUAUCAAGUUCAAGUGGUGCUUUAGUUCUCCACAGGUAAGCCAGCUGUCUCCUGCACAAUGUUGCAGAUUUUCUCUGAAGAGAUUUCUUAUUUUUCUACUUCAUUCUAAACCUCGUCUUUUCAAUUCGAAGAAGUCAUUUCUGACUCGGGCAACUUAGGGGGUUGUCAUCAUCGCCUGUCACAGAAACAAUCAGGGAUGUCAAUAACUGUGAAACCUAGGGUUAAUGCCACAUAUUGUUGUGAUUGAGAAGACAAAGGGAAACACUGACAAUAUAAAAUAAGCUUGGAAGGACAACAAGCAGCACUACUUUGUUGUUUUCAGGCUGCAUUAUUCCCUGUUUGUGUGGAGGCAGAAAGAGAAGGGAGUGUGAGGGUGAGAGAGAAGUCUACUGUGGUAUGUAAUCUUAUGUUGACAGAUGUUAUAAUGGUGAAUUACCUCCUGUGUCAUGCUGUGAAUUCUGAUUCAAGGGAGCACAGAGCACCAAAACACGCAGCUUAUUGUCACGGCUCAUUGAAACCUGAGGCGCAAACGUGUAAUCUGAAAUUGCAGACAUUGAAAUCCGGGGGAAAAAAGAGUGGGAGGUCAGGAGCACCCCGCUGAGGGAAUCCGCUUCUUUUUAAACACCAGCUAUCAAAGCUACAAAGCUGACAUUUGAGAUCAGUAUUAACCAAUGUGUUUUAUGAUUGCUAACAGGGGUGCAUCAGACUUUUUGUGGUGCCCUAACUGAGGCACAGAGUUAUGCAUGAUGUUAUUAAAUAUAAGUGUACACACGUUUUCAAAUGGCAUUAUUUUACCAUCCCUGUAUGUAAUACUUACCUGACAUGUAUUGGAUUAUCACAAGGAGAGGGGGUGAAUCUGGCUCAGAAGUAGAGGUUUUAAGUACUGGGCUUAUAGUUCGAUCCAGGCUCCUGUGGUGGUAUUCAAGGCAUUGAAUACCAAAUUGGCGAGCCUCUGCCUUCAGUUUGUGAAUGGGUGAAAGUCAUUGACCCUUAAAAGGACAGGAAAAAGCCAUGCACACUUCAACACUUGUGAAGAUGUUUGGACUUUCAGUCAAUUCUACUGAGUUUUUUGAAAAAUGUGAAACUCUUGGAGAGGCCAUGAGGGUUGGUAUUUAAACCGUGACUGUAGCCCUGAAUGACAUGAAUGCUUUUCUUCGAUAGCCUCGGGUAUUUUAAAAGAAAUGUUUUUGGAUCACUGCACUAAAGGGCAACAGAGAAACACCUUGACCGCAUCUUUUCCACACUUGUGCUGCACUCCAAACAACUGUUUCCUAACUCCGUCCAUACCAAUGUAUUGACGUUCUUCCAUUAACCAUUAUUGACUUUCCAAUCACAUGGUAAAGAGCCCUCAGACUCAUACAGUCAAUGUAAUGACAGGUGUUUCUUCGUCUUUGAAGCAGACGCUCAUAGUAAUGGAAACAUCAAUCAGUAUGUUUACAUGUGCAGUUAUGUCAAGCUUGGGGUUUCAGGAUCAAUCCAAGGUUAGGCAGUUUAACUGGACAGCUGUCUUUGUCCCAGUUUACGAGCAAACAGCAGAAUCAAAUUAUUGACAGAAGCAUGUCUCCUUCUGCUACGGUAGAUGACGUCAUGUUCCCUUUCAGCUCGUUACUUCUGGGUCGUCUCACGUUUGACCUGUUACACGCCAAAACAAGCACAUUAACAAGUGGCUGUAGGGAUGUACUCUGAACAAUGAAAGACCGUGACUCUUGCCGCUCUGUAUCUUAUGUAUGUACGAUACAACGGCUGUAUCUGUUUUUCCAUCCCUUCUCUCUCCUGCAAGAAUUUGUUUACCACUCAGCUCCUGAGCCACACACUUUCGAUUUUGAAUGCAAACUCAUUUAAUCGUCAGGCCAAGGCCACUUCUUUGCCUUUUGUGGAUUUGAAAAACUCACCUCUACAUUUUUUUUUCCUUAAUGCAGAUUGUUUACAAGGGAAAUCCUUAUGCAGACCACAACUCAGCCUCCUACGCCAUAUAUGAGAGAGGAGUGGAAGUGGGCUGCUGGGGAUUGUGUAUUAAUGCUGUUUCUUCUGCUCUCUACUCCUGUAAGUGAAGCUGUUUAUAAAGGAAACAGAGUGAGUUUCCUUUUACAUUACCAGGUUAUGCUGUGCUAAUGUAGACUGUGAAACCAUUUACAGAAUAAAGGCUUGUGUUAUAAGAAUCCUUCACCUCUACAUAUAGCUCCCUCCGGCUGUAGCCAUCAGAUAGAUUAAAUGAAAAAGAAAAAAUAGUAAAAGGGAAGAAAUGACUUGAUACGUUUAAGAAAAAACGCAAGGCUCAGCCUCCUGGUGUGAAACUGGCUUUAUUUAUAGUCUGGAGUCUGAGCAAAUAGUCUUUCACCAUGCUUUUCUUUUUACACUGCCACCCUGACAGAGACAGCCUGUCCAGUCACAUCUCCACUCAGCUGUAGAAAAUCUAAUGUGCACUGCAGAGUGUUUUAAACUCUUUAUGAGGUGCAAUAAAAGACAAGGCAGUUCACAAAUAAAAAUAGACCCUUUGUAACUAAGCAUGACGUGUCCGCGCGUGUUUGUGUGUUUUGCAGACGUGCAGCGUUUCCUGCUCCAAUACAUCGGCCUGAAGGGAUUAUACUUUAUGGGCUACUUUGUGUUCGGCUUGGGCACCAGUCUGAUCGGCCUCUUCCCGAACAUCAUCGCCACGCUCGUCCUCUGCAGUGUGUUUGGGGUUAUGUCCAGCACGCUCUACACCAUCCCAUUCAACCUGAUUGCAGAGUACCAGCGUGAAGAGGAGGUACUGGGAUUGUUGACAUGUAGAAAUGCCUUUAAGGGUUAAAAAAACACUGUGUCCAAACAAAAUACGCUCAGGAACAAAGUCAGUGCAGCAACAGCUUAUUUUUGGAGUGAUGGGGGGUAAAAAAAACAAUCCUAAUGAAAGCAGUCUGAGUAAACAUGCCUCCUGUUCACCCUCAGAAAAAUAAACUCCUCCUGCUUUCUAACUUACUUAUUUUCCACAGAAAUUUGGUUUCGAGGAACUACAUGAGUGUGAAUUAACGAUUUAGUGUAAGCCAUUUAAAUUCAAUGUAAAGAAACAACACAGCACUGAAAAUCUCAUUUUAAUGUGAAAGUCAUAAAGAGGAGCUAGAAUACAAAUGAGCAUAUUUCACAAUCACUUAGAAGCUCUUCAUAUGAGCAAUUUCAAUCAAUUUCUCCAAUGCCAGCUUUUUUUUUUUUUUUUUUUGAGAUAAGAGGUCAGGAAUAUAUAGACUGAAACAAAGUCAAUUUGCAAGAAGAUGAGCAUUUGUAACCACUAGACUGUGUAAGAAAAUUAACAGAAGAGCAAUCUCAGAGUUGCUUAUAAUAAACUGACCUUGUAUCUUGUAUCUGUGACACCUUCCGUAAGACAGUCCCCUGUGGAAGAAAGUCUUAUCAUGUAGUCAUUACUACUGCACACAAUAACCAGAUGGCUCCAGUAAAUGAUUGGUACAUACAAACGCCAUGGGAUAUUUCAUUACAGAUGGUCUCAGUGUGAAGACUCAGGUAGUUUCAAUAAGAGAGAACAAAAGGUGUGGUUAUAGAUACGUCUCUUUCAGUGUCUGGCACCCAACUGUUGCUCAAAGUGUGAACAGAUUGUACUUAAUCUUAAAAUGAACUAGAUUUAAUUAAUUGAUUGAUUGAUUUUGACAUCUGCUGGUUCCAGUUUCAUAAAUGUGUAAAUCAGACACUUCUCUUUGUCAUACAGUAUAUAACCAAUAAUUAUAUAAAUAUUUAAAUUAUUAUAAAUUCAAACAGUUUGCUGCACUGUGGGGAGUGUCUGACCAAAUGACUUUGUUAAGAAAUAGUUUGAAAAAGAACAUCAAAGUAAUCGGUAGUAAAUCGAUGAUGAAAGUUUCUGUUGGUUGCGGCCCAGUUGUGCAACUGUUUAAACACUGACAAGUGAAUACAUGGAAAAUCCUCUCUGAUGAUUGUAAAUGGAUCCAUCAUAUGUUUACAUAUGUGAUUCAGAUGCUGGAAAUAUUUCAGUGUUGGCAACGCUGAAGCACUCAAAGUUUACAAAAUGAGGGUGAAACAAAGACACAGGUGAGGGGAUUGACGCCUAUAGUCACCCAGCCUGGUUAUAGCCACACAUUCAAGUAAAAUAAUCACAGGCUUUAAAGUCUAAUUAUGAAGCUGAGCAAUACAAGAGUAUUCUUCUUUUGAAGACUGUGAUGUCCUUCGUUUGUAAAAUUGUUUUAGAGUCUUUUUAAACUCAGCAGACCUUGAAUAAAGGGGUCGUCAUCCUGGCAUGGCUUUUUAAGAACAUUGCACCAUGUUAUAUUCAUUUUUCUUUUUAAAAACUAAUUUCAGACACAAUGUUUUGGCAGAUUUCAUAAAAGAUUGAGAGUAACUUUGAGCCAAAAAAAAAAAAUCAAUUUUAAAGCCUUUGACAAGUGAAAGUUGGGUUGUUUUGCUGCAAGGCAACUCCUGCCAAUUUUAAACUCUUGAAUGAAUAAAUAAACUAGACCUUCAUGUGAUGGUUCUAAAAAGUGCAUUGUAGGUAGACAUAUCUUACAUUACAUGCCUGAUUAAAACAGUUCAAUCUGAACCAGAUAAACAAGGAUACAGCAGUAAUUUAGAUAACCUACGUAUGUGGCAUUAUCAUGAACUAAUCUAUUUCUGUUUGCUCUAGAUCUGAAUCUGUUAACUUGACCAUUGAUCGUUUUCUGCUUUGACGUAAUUUCCCUCCUCUCCUCAAAUUGAUCCCCACACUUCCUGCUGUGCUUCCAGGAACAACUAAAGCUGCAAGGAAACGAUGAAGGUCCGCGAGGCACCGGCGUGGACUGUGCCGCGCUUACCUGCAUGGUCCAGCUGGCUCAGAUUAUCGUGGGGGCGGGGCUCGGCGCUCUGGUCAACAUGGCAGGAAGUGUAAUCGUGGUGGUUGUGUCGGCAUCGACCAUGUCCCUGUUAGGCUGCAUCUUUAUUGCCCUCUUUAUUAAAUAUGUAGAUUGAUUCUGCUCAUAUGAAAUUAUUU